AUGUUUACCUCUCCACCCGAAUCGACCUCUCCAACCGAAAAAUCCUGGGCCAGCGCCGCAGAUCGGACGCCUCUCUCGGUGCCACCCGCGGCGACGCUCUCGGCUCGGGCCGAAUGGCGGAUACGCUCCUCAUGGCGCCCAACGGGCUCGACGCGGGCGGUGUUGGAAAGGCGAUUUCCGGAGCCAGCGGACCACGGUGAUUCUGCCGCGAGCGGUGCUCAGUUGCAGUGGAGGGAAGUGAUUGGGGCGGUAUCAAGUGAGGGCCAGCUUGCUUUGCAUCGAGGUCGCUCCGCUUUGCACCGAGCGGCCCUCAAGCGCGAUGCGGCCGAAGUGCAGCGCCUCCUCGAAGCUGGAGAAGACAUGGAACUGGAGGACGAGGAAGGCUAUCGACCCCUCCACCUCGCGGGCAACGCGGAGGUGGUCGACCUUCUUUUGGCCUCAAAGGCCUCGCUGGAAGCAGAGAACCGUGUCGGUGUAAAACCGGUCCACUACGCGGCCAGAUCAGGCCACCUGGGUGUGCUGGACCGCCUGCUGCAGGCGAAUGCCGAUGUGAAUGACCGAACUAGCUACGGCGUGAGACCUCUCCAUGUCGCGGCCGGGAAGGGGCACCUCUCCGUGGUGGACCGGCUCUUAGAGGCUAAGGCCGAGGUGGAGGCGGAAAACAAACACGGUGAGAGGCCUCUUCAUCGGGCUGCCGAGAAUCACCAGUCCCACGUGGUGAAGCGGCUCCUUUCGGCCCGGGCGGAUCUGGAGGCCCAGACGAACGCUGGUGGGAGUCCUCUUCAUUUGGCGGCCCUCAACGGCCAUUCCGACGCGGUGGAGCGGCUCCUUUCGGCCCGGGCGGAUCCGGAGGCCCAGAGCAGCGAUGGUGAGAGGCCUCUUCAUUGGGCGGCCCGCAACGGCCAUUCCGACGUGGUGGAGCGGCUCCUGGCGGCCCGGGCGGAUCCGGAGGCCCAGAACAACGAUGGUGCUACACCGUGGGACGAUGCCAAGAAGCGCGGCCAUCAGAACGUGAUGGGCUUGCUGCGUCCAGUUAAUAUCCGGCUGAUGAGCGGAAACAUCCUUUGUUUUUGCGACCCUCGGCCAGAUCGCUCCGUGAAGGAUCUGCGCGAAGAGGUGCAGCAAAAGCUGGAGCUUGAAGAUGCCACACAAGUAGAUUUGAUCGCGAAGUCUGGCGAGAAGCUGCGAGAUGAAGACACCCUAGGUGGAGCCGGUGUUGAUUAUGGCACUUCACUCAGUGCAAUAGUCGUGCCUCCAGAGAUCCUUCACUUUCCAUGCGGCGCGUCCUUUCUGAUCCCAUCCUCCGUGGCCAAACAAGGGUUGCAUCCCACCGCAGACUUUGUCACAGACCUGACAUCCAUCGAUGUCGAGUCACUUGAGAGGCAGCUGGAGCCCAAGGAGUCCUUCUUUCAUCCCAUCUUCCAGCUCUCACCGGAAGAUACCACUUUCGUAGACCCCAUCUGGGUCAUCCUGCCAGCUUGUGUUGGAGCAAGCAAGGUGUGGGUCUCCACGCACACCGGUUGGAAGGACGUCACUAAUGCUGCUUCUUUCGGUGAAGGCUAUGCCAAGGUGCAACUGACACACUUCUGUCACGUGGUAACGACCGGUGUCCCAUCCUGCAUCAAAGCCAUGGGCUUCCUCAAUCAUGGACCUGUUUCUAAAGGCAAAGUCUCGUUCGUGCACAUCGGAUGCACCUUUUGUAUGGAAGCUCUGGAGACACAGUACAUGAAUGACCACGACUACCUCUUGGGAUAUUCCAGAUGUGACAAUGUUGCCCAUUUGGGCACUCGCCCUGACAGUGAGGAGGUGGAGGUUUCUCAAGAUGGUGUCACCCGGACCAUCAGCUUGAACUCGAGUGCCUUCCCCAUUCUUUCAAACGAAUGGUCUGCGGAAGCCAGUAGCUUCACUGUAAAGAUCGACAACCGAGACAUCACCUUCGAUCACCUAGGCGCCUUGUCCAGUGCCCAAGCAACCUCUCCAGCUCCCUCCAGCCACGCUGCAUAUCCCACCAGCAACCCUUCUGGGUCCUCUCCGUCUCAACCAGACGCUUCCACAUCUGCAGCACUUCCAGUCGUCCCACCCUCAGCUCCGCGUCCAGCGUACACCCGGAGGGCCAGGGAUUCAGCCGUUCCUCCAGCGGCUCAGCUCAUGAUGCAAGAUCGCUCCAGAUCGCCUUCCACGCAGGCUCCGCAGGUCAGCAGCUCAACCAGUGGACCUGGCACCAUCUCCACGGCCGGAAGGUGGAGGAACAGGGCUCCGAACAGUCAGGCUGGAAGCGCGCCCUCGUCGCCCUCAUCGCCCGCACCUUCUCUUUCACCACCGGUGCAAGUGAGACCAGAGCCGGGAGCGCGGGUCGCGAUGUUCUCGGCUCGUUUUGAUGGCGGCGCCACUGAACAGCGGUUUCGCCGUAUCCACGAGAUCUUAGCCCAAAGUGGCUACGAUAUUCUGAUGGUGGGCGUUCACCCAGGUGAAACCUUUGGUGUUCCCACCACGCGCUAUCUCGGCCGCAUCAAGCGGGAACGGGGCAUCCUGCUGUGUGUUUGCACCGAACAUUACGGCGAGAUGACGUCCUCGGACUUCUCGAGCUUCGAGGAGUUGAAAUUCGCGAAGGUCUAUGAAUCCUUCAUCACCAUCAUUCCCUUGAGGAUCGGGGACUACCCUCCGAGACCUCCAAUCAGAGGGCCAAAUUGGCCCACUCAUCCGGAUGUGCAUGGUGAUGCUCAGAGCUAUGUAGACUGGAUCUUCAACCCAGCUCGGCUCUACUUAGAUUGCCAGGAUCAAUCUGGUCAGGAUAAAUCGGAUAUUGAGGUUGCCUCGGCGAUCGCAGACUGCUUGCACCGCUGA